AUGUCACUGGGUGUGUUCUUCCUAAUCCUGAGCUAUGCGUUUCAGGAAACCGAGCUGAGCAGCCUGCAGGCGGACAAACUGCUGCCGCAGCGCCGCCUGGUGUCCUCUGAGGGCCAGGAGGUUCAAACUGAGGCCCGGGAGCCUUCAGGGGCCGCGAUGAGUCACUAUAAAGUUCAUAAAUGCACAUUUUCAUCACAUCUUACCGAGACUCAGCGUGAGAAAAGAAGAAGUGAGAGCUGGUGGGUUCAUCCUGCCUCCACGCCAGACUCUCCUCCUGCACGUUGCUCCCUCCGCGGCCUCCGGGCGGGGCUUCACACCCGCUAUAAGAGCGCAGGAGGUCCGGGAGGCUGCAGGGAGAAGCUCCUGCUGCGACCCUCCGUUUCUCCAGCCCUCAUCUGCUGCCUCCUACCGGGACUCCGCCCUCCUCCACCGGGACCUCCGCCCUCCUCCACCGGGACCUCUGCCCCCCCUCCACCGGGACCUCCGCCCUCCUCCACCGGGACCAGCACCAUGGAGAGCUCCGGGACGCUCCGCGGGCUGCUGCUGCUGCUCGGCCUGCUGUCGGCUGUGUGUCACGGGCAGGUUUCUCAGGAGGUUUCCGAGGAGUUUGGAGAAGAUAAAGCAGAAGCAGCUGCAGACAGAGACCUGAUUGAAGCGCUGGAGGCUCUGCUGGGCCGGGCGCAGAACCGACUUCCCUCCACGGAGAAGAGAGGCAGCAUCCCUCUGUGCGGGAUGGGCGACCGCUGUGCCAUGAAGUUCGGGCCUCGCAUCGGGAAGCUCUGCGACUGCGGAAGAGGAGCAAACUGCAACUCCUACCUGCUCAAAUGCAUCUGA